AUGGAGAGGUUAUAUGAGGGCAUGCGCCUUGUCAUGCGCCGUCAGAACCGCAGUAAUGCUCUUCGAGAUCGCAAUUCCAUUGAGAUACCCCCUGCACCCCUCAACACCCCUUCCGAAUCCCGCGCCCAGUCGCCAACACUUGGUGGCAGUGGCGGAAUUCCGGUGGCUCUCGUGGAAGGCCAGCUUCACCGAGCGCGAGCACUCUCACGCCCUGUCCCUCCAAACCCUCCCAACUCCCCCAAAUCACAGCCUCUACAACAGCAAAACCCGAGUCUCAUCCGGGACUUCUACACCUCACCCAACGCCGUCCGGGCAGCCCACGGUGUCGAGACAUAUGAGCUGCAGCAAGAACGAGAUCGACACGAUGAGAGCCAGACGCCGACUAACCCACCCGCAGACGAGAACGACGAGUCUCUCCAGCGCUACAAGGAGUCCCUCGGCCUCGGCGGCGGCAAGGACCUCUCGGACUCCUCCGACCCCCGUGUCUGCAUCAUCCUCUCCCUGACCAUGGAGUCUCCCGGCCGCGACCCCGUCACCAUCGACCUGUCCGCCCCCGGCUCCGAGGCCAGCCUGAAGGACAAGCCCUUCAAGAUCAAGGAGGGCGCCAAGUUCACCAUGGUCGCCACCUUCAAGGUCCAGCACGAGAUUCUCAGCGGCCUGCAGUACGUCCAGGUCGUCAAGCGCAAGGGUAUCAAGGUCAGCAAGGACUCUGAGAUGCUGGGCAGCUACGCUCCUAACACCGACAAGCAGCCUACCUACACCAAGCGCUUCCAAGAGGAGGAUGCCCCCUCCGGCAUGCUCGCCCGCGGCCACUACAACGCCAUCUCCAGCUUCGUCGACGACGACAAGAAGACUCACCUGACCUUUGAGUGGUCCUUCGACAUCGCCAAGGAUUGGUAG